AUGGCCACAACCACAAAGAAAAAACUCCCCCUAUUCCCCCUCAUCUCUCUCCUCUCCUUCACUUCAAUCUUCUACCUUCUCUCCCAAUUCAGAAACACUUCCUCCUCCUCCUCAAUCAAAGCUUUCUCCUCAAUCCACAAUUUCCAAAUCGACAAUAACCGCCACCGCCGCGGCUCGUGCGAUUACUCCGAUGGGAUAUGGAUCUACGACGAGUCGAGGGUUUCCAGAUACGAUAGCAAUUGUAAGGAAAUUUUCAAGGGUUGGAAUUGUGUUAAAGGGAAUAAAGCUAAUGGUGUCGAAGUUGCUAAGUGGCGGUGGAAAAGUAACGGGUGUGGUGAGCUUGAUCGGUUUGAUCCUCUUCGGUUUCUUCAGACUCAUACACACACCAGCAUUGGUUUUGUUGGGGAUUCACUCAAUAGGAACAUGUUUGUGUCACUUUUCUGCACUCUUAGGAGUAGCAUCUCUGAUGGACAGGUUAAGAAGUGGAGACCUGCUGGUGCUGACCGUGGAUUCACGUUUCUGACGUACAAUCUCACUAUUGCUUAUCACCGUACUAAUCUUCUUGCACGUUAUGGUAGAUGGUCGGCUAGUGAGAAUGGCGGUGCCUUAGAAACACUUGGAUUCAAAGAGGGCUAUAGAGUAGAUGUUGAUGUUCCAGAUAGUACAUGGGUUCAAGCUGCAAAUUUCCAUGACAUUCUAAUUUUUAACACUGGCCACUGGUGGUGGGCCCCUUCAAAAUUCGACCCUGUGAAUUCACCUAUGCUUUUCUUCAAGAAUGGUCAGCCAGUAAUCCCCCCAUUACGUCCAGAUCAAGGCCUUGAUAUGGUUUUAGAGCACAUGAAAGCGUAUGUGGAGGAAAAAGCACGACCAGGUGCAGUCAAAUUUUUUCGUACUCAAUCACCCAGGCAUUUUGAAGGAGGAGAUUGGGAUCAAGGUGGUAGCUGUCAAAGGGACCAGCCUUUAUCGGCAGAACAGGUAGAAGAACUUUUCUCGGUGAAGAAUAACGGGACAAAUGUGGAGGUUCGAUUGGUCAAUGAACACCUCAAUAAGGCUCUUAAGGGAUCGAGUUUUGUUAUUUUGAACAUCACUUACUUGAGUGAGUUAAGAGCUGAUGCUCACCCUGCUUCUGCUGGUGGAAAAAAGCAUGAUGAUUGCAUGCACUGGUGUUUACCUGGAAUUACAGAUACAUGGAAUGAUUUGUUUGUAGAGCAUCUGAAUAGUAUUGAACAUAGGAGUUGA